GCAACUGAUGGUAUUUAUUGAAAAGAAUGUUUGUUUUUACCUUUACCUAAUCGAAUUAUCUUUCAAGUGCUAUGACAUCUAUCAUUAUCAAGUCAUUACUUUCAUGGUCAAGUCGACUACGAUUAUAUAGUCUACUUUUUCUUUUCGUAGACUAUCUAUAUCUGACAAAUACAAUCUGUUUGUUUAUUUGAUUUGUGGUUUUAGGCUCAGACUCUUAUGGAUCAUCAAGUAUAGACAAAUUUCCCAUAUCAAUAUCUGCAUAAUGAUGUUGAACGUCAUUUGGUCUAAUCCGAGGCAUUAACUUUUGGCAAAUCUACAAAAAUACCAACAAUAGCAACGCCAUGCCGAGAGGUUACUCUUUCCGCCGACUCACCACAAAGCGCAAUUAAUUUCCCAGAUUAUUUGUCAUAUGUUUUGUUAUAUAAUUGGCUUGGCCAGUCCAAAACCCAAACAAACCCGAGUCCGUCCCAGCCAUCCGGGCAUUAAUGUUAUGCAGUGGGAGUCCGGGGAAAUCCGGAAGUCUGAAUGGAAUUGGCUGGGAUUCAUUCAUGAGCACGACGGGCGCCGUUUGGCGGCUACCUGCCUAAGCGUGGGAAAGUUGCUUACGACAAGGGGCAUACUUCAAGCCAGGACCAAAAGGAUCCGAGCAGGUAAGCACAGGAAACUGGGCUGCUCCGCAAUUGCAUUGCGGGCUGCCAGUGGGUUUUUGUUCGUCCGCCGUCGGGGAGUUCCUGUUUUCCAAUACCUAUAGGUAUACCCCCUGCCCUGGACGCGCAAAAUUUCCAAGUGGAAAAUGGUAAAUUUCCGGUUUUUUGACCAGGCCCGAAAUUCCCACGGACCAGGGCAUCCAUCCCGUGCCUUUAAAAAGGAUACGUGCUCCAUGCAUAUCAUUCAGUCGAGCUAGCGACAUCAGAGACAUCACACAUCAGCCUACAAAAUGCUCUUCACAUUCAGUUUAUUCUUGGGCACAAUCAGCUGUGGACUGGCUGCUGUUUUGGAGCCUCUGAACUACUACCAAUACACCCAGUUCCAGGCUCCACUCUCCUGGGAAACCAUCACCGGCAAAGGCCUUCAGCUGGCUUUGUCCAGUUGCCAGCAGAGCUUUCAGUGGCAGCGCUGGAACUGCCCAGUCACGGAUUUUAUCAAGCGACAGACCAUUCCCGUGGACCACACUCCCGAUCGAGAGGAUGUAUACGUUGCGGCCAUCUCUAUGGCAGCCACGAUCCAUGCUUUGACAAAGGAUUGUGCCAAUGGCGUCAUCGCCGGAUGCGGGUGCACUGGAAAUGCCCUGGGCGUGCCCUGUGCCCAUGAGCCCGAGAAGGCACUGGAACUCUACGAGAAGCGCGUUGGACCAGGAUCAGGAGCUGCCGGCCACAAUCAAAUGGUGGUGGGCGCUCUUCUCAAACAGUCGCUGGAGCAGGAGUGCCGCUGCAAGCAACCAGGACCAGUGGCAGGCGAAUGCCUGGAGGAGGAGUGCGUGGCCGUACUGAAACCCUUCGAGCUCGUGGCCCAAGAACUACUUCAAAUGUACGACGAUGCCAUCCAACUGGACGCCACCAACAGCAAUCUGAAGAUCAUGUGGGAGAACAUCCCCCUCGACUCGCUCGUUUUCAUGCAGGAUUCGCCCAAUUACUGUGAACCGGAAGCCUCCGGCCGAUGGAAGGGCACCCGUGGACGUCAGUGCUCUAAGGGCGGCAGUGGAUCUCUCGAGGAGCGCCUCUCCUGCCAACAAUUGUGCCGAGUCUGCGGCUACCGAGUCCGCUCCCAGGUCGUCAAAACCGAGCGGAGAUGCAAUUGCAAACUGGUCUGGGGCUUCCGUCUCCAGUGUGACGUCUGCGUUCAGCAUGAUAGACAAUACUCCUGUUACUAAAAGUAUCUCAAGUCUUCAAUUAAGAGCAGGACUGGGGCGCUGGUCGAGUCCCACGUAGAAAUUCUACUUAGGAUUAAGUUAAUUUAUUGUUCACACCCUUUAUUUAUUGCCACAACAAUCACUUUUAAUAAAAACGUAAUAUUUUA